AUGGCAUGUGUUGUCGCAUUCCUCCUGAAGUCGUGGAUUCGUACAACGCUAGUUGAUCAAAUUACUCUUGUCGCUAACAACGCGCAAGAGUCUAUCUACGAAAUGUACGAACCAAGGGAUGGUAAAUUUCCCAAAGUUGGUGGUGACAUACAAAUGACCAACGUGGAUGUCAGCGCCUCGGGCACAUAUAUCUCAGUCUAUUGUUCAAAGACAUUGAAAAGUCGAGACAUUGUAAACAAAAUCAGUCGCGGAAUGGUGGAUCUGAAUAUUCAACCAAAUAAUCGACUUUUUCCUGAUUCUGAACAAUUUCACCUAUGCUUGGAAUCCUUGGCAGAUAUGGAUAAGAAACUCUGUAAUCCAUAUUUGCUCAAUGUUUUUAAACGCUAUAUAUCCUGGUCGAAAAUUAACAUCUUUAUUUGUCCCCCCGAGAUUAUAGUUCGAAUGGCCCUUCAUUAUGGUAUCACAGUGGUUGGCAAAUAUCAAAACUUCGUGCCUACGAAGAAAGAGAGAAAAAAAGACCUAAGCAUAAACGCUGACAAGCAAUUUAAAAUCUCGGAAUUAGUCCAAGACAGAUUUGUUUUCCGAGGUAAAAAUUGGUCGGUUAACUCGGUGGCACUAGCUUGGUAUCAUGGACAUCCUCAUCUAUUCCAAUGGAAAGAUGAUCACGGAUGGCUUCCCCUCACGCGAAUAAGCCAGGAGCAUGAGUAUGGAGCUUUGCUCUUUUAUUACGUGCUGGGAAAUGACCACGAAAUCUGGAAUUCCCGCAAUUCUUUAUCAACCGAAAUCAACAGUAUCUUGGAAAGUGUGCAAUGGCAGGAACACGAAAAGCACAUAAUCGAUCUAGUGGUUUCAGGAAGUGCAGAAGUUCCACUUAAAGUUGUGGAUGACCUAGGCAAGCUUAAGCCAACUGCACCAUUCGGCCUAAUCGGUGAAAAGCUUUAA